AUGGCUUCGACAUCAUGUUACGUAAUGUACCUGAUACUGCGACGAGAUCUUAUGUCUUCACUAGGUUGGCCUAUGGGUGCUGUGUGCACUCAGGCAGCUCAUGCUGCCUCAGCUGCUAUGUGGCUGUUCAGAAAUGACCCCAACACUGAAGAAUACACUAAGGAGUUGGAUUCAAUGCAUAAAAUUACACUAGGGGUUGAUUCGGAGGAUGAGCUAAUCAAAGUUCAUGAGCGAUUGAAAGGAAAGGAGCUGGACCAUAAGGUCUGGGUCGAAGAUGGUCAAUCGGUAUGUAUUGCUUUGAAACCGUACCCAAAGGAGCAAGUAAAGAAUGCUUUGAAAGGACUGAAGCUUUUCUGA